UCUAGACAACCAGCCGUCUGAGCGCGUUAUUUUGGAUAAUCUGCAUUGCUUGCGUCCGAUCGAGCGGCUGCACCUCGUCGAGACGAGCAGCGCGCAGCAUCCGCAAUUCCACAAUCUCACACGGGACGUUUCAUGUUUUUUUCCGCUCGUCCGUUUGCAGAAUAUAUAUAAAAACACAGAUUUUUUUAUUUUUAUUUUUUUAUUUUUUUUGCUUUUUUGCAAAAGUGGACACAGGCCCACUAAUGAUUUGUAAUUGAGGUCACAAGUGGCGUUAAAUUGCGAUGCUUAUCAUCCAGCACCAGUGAUGCUGCGGCUCGAGAGCAGUAAAAUAGCCUAGAGAGGUGAUGGACGAUGCCCUGUCCAGCGGGAACAAGACACCGGCGCUCCUGGUCCUGAAUGCAGCGGAGAGAGACACCUAACCGGGUGUCACCGUCAGCCCUGGAUGCUGCGCCGAAGGAUGGCAUACGCCGACCCGUCGUCGGGAAAAGAUAUACUCGGCAACAGAUCGCUUUGUUUUAUAUUUAUUUGCGCAUUUGGACUCGUCACACUAUUGCAGCAGAUUCUCUAUGGAAAAAACUACAUUAAGAGUGCGCAACAGUUUAGCCGACUCAAAGGGGACGAGACAGGAAAUUGGACCGGUCCCGUUAAUUUCUCGGAUGAUGGAUCUCUGAAGCCUGCCAGAAAUGGAAGGAAAAGAUGUUUCCGUCAGAAUUUUCAGCCAGAUUCACAGAUCUCCGUAAUAGUCACACCCUGCCUAGCCGAUAUUAAGAAGAAAAAAAAACGCCCUCAAAGGUAUCUGGAGAACUAUGAUGGCUCCUUUGAGUACAACUCCACUGCAUGCAGGGAGCUCAGACAGGAGAUUAUGGACGUCAAAGUCCUGACAAUGGUGAAAACCUCAGAGCUGUUUGAGCGAUGGCGAAACCUGCAGGUUUGCAGAUGGGAGCAGAACAAAGAGGAGACCAGCAACUUCAAGAUGUCUCUGUCUCGCUGCUGUAACGCUCCUUCAUUUCUGUUCACCACCAAGAGGAACACUCCUGCAGGGACCAAGCUGAGGUACGAGGUGGACACCAGUGGUAUCCUUCCCAUCACCACUGAGGUCUUCAAAAUGUUCCCAGAUGAUAUGCCGUAUUCCAAAUCACAGUACAAGAAGUGUGCUGUCAUUGGAAAUGGCGGCAUCAUCAAGAACAGCAAAUGUGGAAAGGAAAUUGACUCGGCAGAUUUUGUCUUUAGGUGCAACAUACCUCCUAUUAAUGAGAAGUACACAGCCGAUGUCGGCACUAAAACAGAUCUGGUGACAAUAAAUCCGAGCAUUAUCACGGAGAGAUUUCAGAAGCUGGAGAAAUGGCGGCGACCGUUUUAUGAAGUCCUCCAGAAUUACGAGAACUCCUCAGUGGUGCUUCCCGCUUUCUACAACACCCGCAACACCGAUGUAUCUUUCAGAGUGAAGUACAUGCUGGAUGACUUCGACUCGCAGAGAGGCGUGUUUUUCUUCCACCCGCAGUACCUGCUUAACGUGCAGCGUUUCUGGGCAGUGCAGGGCGUCCGGGCCAAGCGGCUCAGCAGCGGCCUGAUGCUCGUGACCGCCGCCUUAGAGAUGUGCGAGGAAGUCCACCUCUACGGUUUCUGGGCGUUUCCCAUGAACCCCUCCGGCAUCUUCAUCACUCACCAUUACUAUGACAACGUCAAGCCACGGCCGGGCUUCCAUGCGAUGCCCCAUGAAAUUUUCAACUUCAUUCACAUGCAUACUCGUGGCAUCAUUAACGUGCACACGGGGCAGUGCACGUGAUUCCUCACUCCUCUACAUUUUACCUUUUAGUUGGUUCACUUUGAAUCAGUUUAGCCUGCUGUUUUAUUUCAGUCAAUGAGACAGUUCACUUUUUCCUCCCUAUUGAAAAAGAGAGUAGGCCUUCGGAGCGCACACUUCUUCGCUCUCACUAAUUCAACGACACACUGAAGGUUGCUUGCUUUAAUUGCCAACAUACUUCUCUUUUUGAUGUGUACCUUAAGUUAUUUAUUUAGUCAAUCAAAUCACUAUGGUUAUAUCUGACUUUCUAACCAUAGGAUGCUUGUUUUUAAUGUGAAAGUGGUCUUCAUAGUGAUGUUGUUUCUGUGAAGUUUUCUAGUGGCUCUGCUGUACAGAGGUGUUGUUUUCUACUCAACGUUGCACAAAUAUUUACGCUGAAAUGGGUCGCAGUGGGUGUCUUUCUGCCCCUCAUCCCCCCUCUCUCUCUUCUCUCUUUAUCUCAGACACUCUGUGGGUGUGGCAGCUUUUAAUGUUUGUGUAAAACAAAACCUGAACCUUGAUAUUAAGCUAAUACUCAAAAACUGAUGAAAAAAAGACAAAAUUGUAACAUCCAGUUGUCUACUUUUGUAAUCUAUUUCCUAUUGGGUGAAUAUUUUGAAACGCUACUGAACUGGCCUGUUUUCAGUGGCCUACCUUCUCCCAUUUUUCUUCUGAUAUUUGUGGUGAAAAGGGGUGUAUGAGAGGAGCAGUGAAGAGGAGGUUUUCGGCAAAAGUCAGACAAAUAUCUCACAAUGACACCAGUUCAUGAAAACUUUGACUUUCAAGGCCGCCGUCCAAUUUGUAAAGCAACAUAGCUCUGUUGAGCGAUCCAGCCUCUCGCUGUCAUUCAUGUCUUAAGCCAUGCUGCCUUAUGAGAUAUCAAACCCUCUAGAUGAUAUGCAAUGCACCCGUGUGUUUUGCUUAUCUACAAAUACAUAACAUUAAACUCAAUCUUAGUUUGUCUCUUAAAGGACAUAUAAGACUCUCUAAGGUAUAGAAAUUCAUGUGCAGCUCUCAGCUUAUAUUGUAUUGGAAUCAGCAGUUCUUACUCCCUGUGAACUCCACUCAUAACCAUGUAAUGCUCUGCAUGACUCUACUCUAUACUUGGCUUUGUGUGUGCCUGCUUCGAUGAUCACUGAAAUAUGUUUACACUUAAGCCUCUACUGAUGUUCACAGUGCUUUUGGAGAUAUAUACACAAACCUUUUCACAGAAAAGAUGAAUGGAUUUGUCGCAGUGAAUUGUAUAAUAGUGGAUGCAGUUUUCAUUGAUUAAAGAUGCAAGGAUGAAGACGGUUGCUGCCCUUUUGUGAAGUGCUACGACACUUUUAUUACUACUGUGUUAUUUCACCUUACUCUUUGAACUGUGAGCAUUCAGUUUGCAACUGAGCACUGGAAAGCUGUGUUGGGUUUUUUUUUACUGUUUAUUAUGUUGUAGGCUACACUGCAAAAGGUUUUAAGAGACUGUAAAUUAAUAUUUUGUCACUCCUCUGUUCGUGCUUGGCUGUCCUUUGUAUUCAAAGGGCAUCAUUGCUAAUAAGAUUUAAACAUGCUGUUUCUUUCCUCAUUUAUUCAAACUCUUUGUGUGUUAAUGCACAAGAGAUAUGAGUUAACAAAUAUGAACACCAAAAAUCUUUUGGCUUGACCUCUAAAUUGUUGUACAGACACAACUAAAUCAAGAAUGGAAAAGGAAGGGAACUGGUCUGUGUACUGAAUGGAGGUAAUAUAUAACACAGUGCUUCUUAACUGACUCUGGAUCAUUCUUUA